UUUUUAAAAAUAAAAGAAAAUCACUUAAGAAAAAGGGAGGGGGAAAGCAAAAGAUAAAAAUGGAUCAAAGGAAGUAUAGUGAAAAUAAGAGAAGGAGAGUAAAGGACAAACUUGGAAGGUAUAACAAGGAAUAGAGUGAGACAGUGGUUUUUCCUCCCAGAGGUUACUUCCACAUCUCCCUCCUAUUUCCCUUUGGUAGUAGAGAAGGGAGCAACACUGGUUCCUCUGCAAGGCCUCUGUGCAUGACCCUUCAUGGUGGUUUCCAGAACCCAAGGAGGAGACAGCACAAUGAAUCGUGGGGGAGGCAGCAGCCCCAUGGAGGAAUUGUCCAAAGCUACCUUGCACAACAACUCACUGUGGUGGCUUGCUUGUGGGCUCCUUGCUCUGCUAGCCAACUCCUGGAUCAUUCUGAGCAUCACAGCCAAGCAGCAGAAGCACAAGCCCCUGGAGUUGCUGCUGUGCUUCCUGGCAGGCACGCACAUUCUCAUGGCUGCUGUGCCACUCACCACUUACGCAGUAGUGCAGUUGCGACGUGAAUCCUCCGACUAUGACUGGAACGAGAGUAUCUGCAAGGUCUUUGUCUCCACCUAUUAUACAUUGGCCUUGGCCACGUGUUUCACCGUGGCCUCCUUGUCCUACCACCGUAUGUGGAUGGUUAGAUGGCCUGUCAACUACCGUCUGAGCAAUGCCAAGAAGCAGGCCCUGCAUGCUGUGAUGGGCAUCUGGAUGGUGUCCUUCAUUCUCUCCACACUACCUUCCAUCGGCUGGCACAACAAUGGGGAGCGUUACUAUGCCACUGGCUGCCAGUUCAUUGUCAGCAAGAUAGGUUUGGGAUUUGGCGUGUGCUUCAGCUUGCUUCUCCUUGGAGGCAUAGUCAUGGGCUUGGUGUGUGUGGGCAUCACUUUCUACCAGACCUUGUGGGCACACCGAAGGCACCACAGAUGCCAUCACCAGAGAACAGAAGAAGCUUCUUGUCCUUCAGCUCACAAUACCUUCAACGUGCCAGCCAUUGUAGUAGAGGACGUCAGAGGCAAAAGACGGUCAUCCUUGGAUGGAUCUGAAUCUGCCAAGACAUCCAUGCAGAUGACCAAUCUCAUUAGUGCAAUUGUUUUCCUGUAUGACUCACUGACUGGGGUUCCCAUUUUGGUGGUGAGCUUCUUCAGCCUGCGCUAUGAUACAGCUCCCACUUGGAUGGUGUUGGCAGUGCUCUGGUGCUCCAUGGUGCAGACCUUGCUACUCCCAUCCUUCAUCUGGUCCUGUGAACGUUACCGAGCUGAUGUCCGUACGGUGUGGGAGCAAUGUGUGGCAAUACUGUCAGAGGAAGAUGGGGAUGAUGAUGGCACUGAUGAUUAUGGAGACGGGAGGAUCUGCAAGGUGCGAUUUGAUGCCAACGGUGCUGCAUCUAUGAAACGAGAUCCUAGGGAUGCUAAGCUGCUGCCAGUCCAUCAUAUGCUUUUACCUCACGACAGGGUGCACUACCUGCAGGUCCCUAUCUCUCGGAGGAUGUCCCAUGAUGAAACAAACAUCUUCUCCUCACACCGUUCUCCUUCCUUCCUUCACAAGUGGUCCUCGUCUGAUGACAUCCGUGUGGUGGUCCCCCACAAACCCGGAGGAGCCGCCGGCUUUCUGCCCCCUGAACUCCGCGGCUACCACCAGCAUCGACGGUCGGCAGAGGAUGAGUUCACCACGCUGCGCCAGUUCUUGGAAGCUGGAUUGGCCAGCCGGGGCACAGGCCCUGGGUCUACUGCUUGUUUUUUCCGCGACGAGAUUACCACCUUCAUUGAUGAAACGCCAGUCCCCUCCCCACUCAGCAGUCCAUGCCACUCACACCUUCCAUUCCCAGCCCAACUGGAGAGACCCGGCUCCCUAGUUGACCAGGAAGGUGAUCUUGACAGGGAUCAAUGGUGUUCACUGACUGGUGGGGAAAACCUAGCUCUCUGCAGUCGUGAACAGGAGCCUGACCAAUGGACCACAGCGGCUCACGAGGCACAGACCUUCCAUAAGCUCAACCUAUGAAACAGCACCAAGAAAAUGGAUUGUGCUCCGAGUUUUUAACUUGACAUGUCUAUCCAGUCCCAGGAUCCAAGGGACAAUUUAGGUCCCCUUGUUUCUCACCAUGUUUGUGGGGGAGGAAAAUAGUGCCUCUCUCUGUGGUGUGGAGGAAAGAAAAACAAAGGGCAGGGAGAAAGUGGCGUAGUUGGAAGGAAUCGUGGUGCCCUGCUCUCAGGUGACAAAUGCGUGCGCAGACAGACCACCACAGCUCCUUGAGGGCACUUUUUGUCAGCUCCAUCCCGUUGGUAGGUGUUAGUGCCACCCAUCUCUCCUCUAUCUUAGCUCCACCCGAUAUGAGAAACACACAUUAAUUGCCAAGAAUGGGAUAGGAAGGUAUUAAAAGAAAUGUCUCUAUUUGGAGUUUCACUUGUGUCUGGCUUUGUGUGUGUGUGUGUGUGUUUUAUUGAUGGUUUUAUGU